AUGUCUCUCCGUCUCAAUCCGUCGCUCUCUCGAGCGCUUUUUCGCAGAAAUAUAACUACAACCCGCGCCCGCUUGAAUACUGGCAUGCCGCCGCACCCACCACCCCAACAGCCGCCGAGCGCUUACAAGGAAGGGAUGGCGCGGUACAAGCACUUCUUCAGUCCCUUCGCAAAGGUCUUCCUAGGCGCUGUUUUCACCUACCAGGUUCUCUAUUGGACCUGGGUGAAGCUGGAGAUGGAAGAGGUAAAGGCUGAUAAAAACAAACAACUCGCGGCCUUGGAGAAGGAGGCAAGGGAGUUAACAGGAGUUAAGAAAUAG